AUGUCACCAUCAGUACGAUAUGAGUCGGAGGACGUGGACGCCUCGCGGCUCGGCCAACCUUUGAAGAUGGAGUUCUCUGGCAAGACCGCUCCAAAUAGGUUUCUGAAGGGUGCCAUGACCGAAAGGAUCUCAUCAUGGGAUCCAAAGGACUUCGAGAAACGAGGCAUCCCAAGCAAGGAACUCAUCAAUCUCUACCGCCGGUGGGGCGAGGGUGGUCUUGGCAACAUACUUACUGGCAACAUCAUGAUUGAAUAUGAUCACCUUGAAGCUGCGGGCAACCCUAUCAUUCCUCGCGGCUCUGCCUUCAGUGGCGAACGCUUCAAAGCCUUCAAGGACAUGGCUACCGCAGGCAAGAAGGAAGGCAGCUUGAUGGUCGGUCAGGUCAGCCAUCCUGGACGUCAGGUCCAGGAUAUCAUCCAGAAGCAUCCCAUCUCUGCUUCAGACGUCCAGCUCGAGGGCAACGUUAUGGGGAUGACUUUCGCCAAGCCUCGUGCUGCUACGGAGGAAGACAUUGCGAACGUGAUUGAAGGUUUCGCUCAUUCUGCCGAGUAUAUGGAAAAGGCUGGCUUUGAUGGCAUUGAACUGCAUGGUGCUCACGGCUACCUCCUGGCUCAAUUCUUGGCGCCGUCCACCAACCAACGUACCGACAAAUACGGUGGGAGUCUCGAGAACCGCGCCCGUCUCAUCCUGGAGAUUGCCCAGGAAGUCCGCAAGCGCACCUCACCUUCAUUUGUCUUGGGUAUCAAGCUCAAUAGCGUUGAGUUCCAAGACAAGGGCUUUGACUCAGAGGAAGCCAAGCAGCUUUGCCAACUCCUCGAAGCCAACAAAUUCGAUUUCGUGGAACUGUCAGGUGGCACGUACGAAUCUUUGGCAUUCGAGCACAAGCGCGAAAGCACAAAGCACCGCGAGGCGUUCUUCCUCGAGUUCGCAGACGCUAUUGCCCCGGCCCUGACCAAGACCAAGACAUACGUCACUGGUGGCUUCAAAACUGUUGGUGCCAUGGUCAAAGCCCUUGACACCGUCGACGGAGUAGGUCUCGCUCGUCCGGUCUGCCAAGAACCACAUUUUGGGCGUGAUAUCCUCUCCAACAAGGUCAAGGGAGCCAUCAAGCAACGACCUGAUCAGAACGACUUCGGCAUCACGAAUGUGGCUGCCGGAACUCAGAUCAAGCAGAUUGGCAAGGACCAGGAGCCCAUUGAUUUGAGCAUCGAAGAAAACGAGAAGGCGUUCAUGAAGGAUAUGGGCACAUGGGCGCAAGGAUUGGCCGAGGAUAAGGACCACUCGAAGUUUGGCUAUAUCGAUCUGACCUCUGCACAACCUGUGCCUUAUGGUACGGCGAGUGCUUGA